AUGGCUUUGCCCAGCUUUUUCCAGAGGCGCACGCCCAACACCAAAGAGUGCUGGGGGUAUAGGUUCGAAUGGACGGCUGAACAUCUUAGUCCCGAGCAGAUGAAGCCUAUGAAGUUCUCGUAUGACGUGCUGGCGGAAGAGUGUCUCGAGCGUCUGAAUACUAUAUCGCCACCGCACAAGGCGGCUUUGCCGAGAAACGAUGCGAGUAGGACUGCUCUUGCGUCAGCACCGGGGACAGAAGAAGAGAAGAAAGAACCGCUGCCUGUGCCCCAGCGGGAUCUCUAUGCUCUGCUGGAAGAACAUCAUGAAUCUGAUCCGAAGCUCGCCGAGCUGUGGAAACAAGUCCACACUGUGCCCGAGUGGGUGGACUGGGAGCAGAUAGAAAGAGGACAAGACGUCUUCUAUCGAUAUGGAGGGCCUGCUCUGACUGGCCUCACAUUUCAGUCGUUGCUAGGGGGUAUGGGCGCUGCCCGAGUCGUCGAGACGCUCGCACGAACUGGAGGAUUCAGCACAAAAGUCGCAAGAGGAAGACUGUUUGAGACGACACAACACAUUCUCCAAUGCACACGAACACUCAAAGGCCUGCAGCCCGGCGGUGAAGGCUUUGCCUCAUCAAUCCGCGUCCGCUUCCUACACGCCGCUGUCCGCCACCGUAUCAUGAAGCUCGCACAGCAACGCCCCAGCUACUUUAACGUCGACGAAUGGGGCAUUCCCAUCAACGACCUCGAUCAAAUCGCCACCAUCGGCACCUUCUCCUCGACGCUCAUCUACCUCAGCUUCCCGCGCCAAGGCAUUUUCCUCCGCGAGCACGAAAUUCUCGACUACCUCGCUCUCUGGCGCUACAUCGGCUACCUCAUGGGCACCCCAGACGAGUACCUGUCGACGCCAGCCAAGGCAAAAGCCAUCAUGGAGUCUCUGCUAUACCACGAAGUCUCGCCGUCCGAAAUGUCAAAAACAAUGGCCAACAACAUCAUCUAUGCACUCAAGGAAGAGCCCCCUACCUUUGCCUCCGCAGACAUGCUCACCGCAAGCGCCCGCUGGCUCAACGGAAACCAGCUUUGCGACCGCCUGGGCCUCAAGCGCGUCUCGCCAUACUACUGGUCCCUCAUGGCGGGCCAGUGCCUCUUCUUCAUCUUCUACUGCUACACGUACCGCUUCUUCCCCGCUGCAGACCGCUUGCGCAUCGACCGCGCAAAAGACAUCUUCUGGGCCCUCAUUGUCAAAGCGAAGUGGGGGCUCGCUGGAACGGAGACGGCGUUUGAAUUUAAAUACGUGCCGCAGUUUGAUACGCUGACGCAUCUGGGUGACCUUGGUGAGAGAAAGAAACAGCCGUAUAGUAUUGAGAUGCGGAAUCUCAAGGCGCUGGGGAUUGGGAUGGGCGUGGUGGCUGUUGGCACUAUUGUCUCGGUGAAGUUGGCUUUACAUCUUGUGGGGAGGCUGUGGUAGGAAGUAAGUAGGUGAGUAGGUGAUAUCACUUUGGUUGUGAGGUCUUGGAUAUGAGAGAGGUGAAUUUUUUUGUAUGAAG